AUCAUUGUUUGAAAGCGGCACUGAAAGCGUGCCAGGAAAGAGGUUUGGUUGUGGAAUGGCUCGGUUAUGCUGAUGAUUUGUAUAUUGCCGGGGAAUCCGCAAGAGACGUGGAGAUAUUUCUGCAGGAACUGCAAGCAGCUGCCUAUUAUGUCGGACUCUUGAUAAAUGCUGGGAAGAAAGUGGCUAUG